GCCACAUUUGUGCUGUGCUCAACGCAAGAAAAGAUACUUGGGGAAGAGAGAGAGAGAGAGAGAGACAAUGGCGCAGGAUAAGCUGGAUACGAGCGAGGCGAAGGAUAUAGAGGGAAGGCCUGGUUACAAGAAACUGGCAAAUGGCAUCAUACUCGGUCCAGACGGCAAGCCAUGUCGCACCUGCAACGAUGUAGCUUCUCUAUUUGCAAUGUCGGGCAAAAUGCCCACGAAGCGCACGCAACCCACCGCGACCACGACAACUGCCAAAACUACCCCCACACUGCCCGCUGACUGCCCGCCGGACGUGGAAGCCCUCGGUCGCUCUUCGUGGACACUCCUCCAUUCCAUAACCGCUACAUACCCAACCAACCCGUCUCCUCAACUACAGUCGGAAACCCAGUCGUUCCUCUCCACAUUUGGCAAACUAUACCCGUGUUGGGUGUGCGCUGAAGAUUUCCAAAAGUGGAUGCAGAAGCACACGCCGAGGGUCAGCAAUCGCAACGAGUUCGGCGAGUGGAUGUGUGAAGCGCACAAUGCAGUCAAUGAGAAGUUGGGCAAGGAGACAUUUGACUGCAAGAGGUGGGAAGAGAGAUGGCGAACUGGGUGGAAGGAUGGCAGGUGCGACUUCUAGGUCAAACCAGGAAAGCUACCUCGGCCCAUGUGCGACCUGUACGAUUAUGUGUAUGUGAUAGUGGGCAUCAUUUGUGUUUGCAAAGCGAGGACGCCGCCACUCUUGUAUAGCUAGCAUCAAGGACGAAAGCAUUGGGCGGUGUUUAUAGACCACAACGAUACCCCCAAUACGCAAGUUUCGUGUUA